AAUAAUUUAUUCAAGAGCAAGACGCACAGUAGCUAGAUCUGCAAUUGAUUUCAGUCAUUCACCAUGGAAGCUCUCCUCUCCCAAUUCACCUUUCUCUCAGAUCAAGCCUUGCAAGACAAGAACUUCGAUCCUUCAACAAUGGAGGAUCUAAUGAAGCUGUUUGAGAUAGAAGCAUACAGAUCAUGGGCAUCGAUAGAGCUUGAGCAAGAAAACGAAGUGAAAGAAACCCAAGUAGCUCUGCAAAAUGCUGAGAGCUAUCUUGAUUCUGUAAUGGAAGAAGCUAUGGAGGAAUUUCGUCGAUUCGAAGAAGAAAUGGAAAGAAUGGCGAAGCAAGAACUUGAAAGCUUAGAAGAGACAGCUGAGAAUGCAAGAAAAAUGGGGAAUUUAAUGGAAAAAGCUGCAAGUAUUGCUUCUAAGAGAUAUAUUGAAGCUGCUGUUAAUUCUGCUACUGCUUCUAUGAAAUCUGCUUGGAAGGGACUCUCUUCUAACAAGGUUCAUCCUUCCUGAGAUCUCUCUCUCUCUUUUUUCUUUUGGCGAAUUUUUAAUUUCUGUUUAAUUUCUUUGUCUGAUUAUGGAAGAGCCUCUGGAUUCUUGAGGGUUCUUUUUCAUUUGUAGUAGUUGUUCUUAAUUUGAGUUUGUUGAUGAAGUAAUUAAUUUGGGAAAGUAAAUUCUUGAAGUUAUCUUUGUGAAUUGGGGAUUUUAAUUAUUCCAGGUGAUUAAGAAGUAAUUAUGCAAGAAAAUUGAAAAUGAAACCAAUUAUGAUUA